GUCCAGUUUGUUUGCAUAAGCCGUCAUGUACACGCGUUAAAGUACAACGAAAUAAACUUCGCAAAACUUGUUGAAAAAUUGCAAUAUAGUGCAGUGUUUUGUGCCAUAGACAAUAAGUGCCAUUUAUAGUAUUAAAGUAAAAGAAAGUACAGAUUAAAAGACAUGUACGGUGCAUUUAUUUUCCUUGUUUUACCUAUUUUAAUAAAAGCGCACCAUUUGACGUCGCCAUGCCCAAGCAUUUUUGAAUAUAAAAGAGAUAACAGUGGUCUGCACGGAAAGAUUCACCUGAGGAAUAGUGGAAUAGUGUCAAAUGUUCUAAUUAGAGCUAAUUUCACUAUUGCUACCAGAUUGUCGAAUACAUACGUCGGCCGCCUGGCACCUACAGGAGACAAUCCUUACAUUCUCGAUGACUUCAACCAUGGAAUGCCAAUCGAUUACCGGGUGGAUUUCCCUACCACAUCGCCUCUGCCUAAAUUGACAGCUCUCAUUGUCAAUGAUAAUGUUAUUUGUACUGGACCUGGAGAUAUUCCCACUUCUACUGAAUAUGUGACUACGAUAAGUUUACAACAUACACUAUUCCACAAAGGACAAGAAGGAUCAAAUUUCCAUGUCGAUAACAGUCUCAACAACAAAUAUGAACAACCGCAAACGUCGAAGCCGCAAUUGAAUUUUGACCUUUCAGAGUUCUUUAACCUAGAUGGAAACAAUGGACAAACGCAGAUAUAUACGUUUGGUGGGGAUGGGAAUCCGCAGGGUUGGAAUACUAUAAACUACACUAACGAGCAGCAUGCUACUCAGCCGCCCCAGCAUGUGCCCGUGAUUCAAUAUAACCCAGAAGUCACGCAAGCACCAAGACCUGCCACACAACCGCCAACGUCUCCACAGAGGCCGUCUCUGACCUUCCCAUCAACAGAACCAGCAACCGAUCAUGGUUCAUCAGUCGAAUGCGGCAUUGUAUCCGGUGGCAACGAGCAACAACCACUUAUCAGCAACGGAGCUGCCUAUAAUAGGGGAGAGUGGCCGUGGUUGGUCGCCAUUUACAGGAGAAGAGAACUCAGUCUCAGUUUUAUAUGCGGUGGAACUUUGAUAUCUGAACGACAUAUUGUCACAGCGGCUCACUGCAUGCGCGUUAGGAGCACAAAAAUAUCCAAAAGAGACCUCGUGAUUAAAGUCGGGGUACACAAUCUCGAGGAUUGGAGUGAUGACAUCACUGUGACCAGGAGCGUAACUGAUGCUUACAUUCACGAGUCUUAUGAUGCGAAAAGUCUUGCUAACGACAUCUUAUUGCUUAAAUUGGAUCGUACAGUCAAGUACAACAACAACAUAAGGCCAAUAUGUCUUUGGAGCGGCAACGCGGACUUGAGUCGCGUUGUCGGGAAGACAGGAGUGGUAACCGGAUGGGGUGAAACCGAGGACGGCCCUGCCGGUCACGGCGAGCCCAAAAUGGCCCGCCUUCCAAUCGUCAGCACGACGGUCUGUCGAGGAAGCAGACCUGAAUUUCAUACGCUGACGUCUUCGACAACGCUGUGUGCAGGUGACAGAAGCGGCACAGGACCAUGUUCAGGAGACUCCGGCGGUGGAUUGUACCUCUCAGAAGGUGGCCGUUGGCGACUACGCGGCAUAGUUUCGACCGGUUUAAACGUUAAUGGAAACACAUGCAAUUUCAAAGACUACAUUGUAUUCACCGACUCGGCACAGUACACAAGCUGGAUACGAACUGUCAUGUCUUACUGAUUUGUAUAAUUUAUUGUGUAGUUGUGUCCAUUUCUUUAUUAAAUGUAACAUUUAAUUUUAUAUAAUUUACAUAAAUAUGUAGAAAAAUACGUACAAAGUUUAUUUUGACAUUUUAGAAACUAAUGCAUAC